AAAGAAAUUUAAUUCAUGGAGAUUAUAGGUUCUGCAAAUUUAUCAAUUCAAAAACAUUGUUUCACGAAAUGGGUUAAUUGUAUAUUUAAUAAGAAUUUAAAACCUCUUAUUAAUAAUAUAUAUGAUGAUUUUCGUGAUGGAUCAAAAUUAUUGGAUCUUUUAAAAAUUUUAACAAAAGAGGAUAUAAAUUCUCUCAAUAAAGAUUUGCCCGAUCAAGAUUUAAAUAAAAUAAAUUGUUCUCUAGACAUAAUUAAAUCUUAUGAUAUUGAUUUUAAUGAUAUCACAAGUAAAAAAUUAUUGCAAGGUGAUCACAAUGCUAUAUUAAAUUUAUUAUGGAAGAUUAUAUAUUACUGGCAGGUUAAAAGAAUUAUCAAAAUGGAUAUUUCAAAUAAUCAGAGUGAAUCUUAUUUAUUAUCUUGGUGUAAUGAAAUUCUAAAGAAGUAUAACUUGGAAGUCAAUAAUUUUGACUCCGAUUGGAAAAAUGGACAGGCUUAUAACGCAUUAUUACACAGUUCAAAUACAAAAUUAUUUGAUUUUUCAAAAAUAAAAUCUAUGAAACCCAAAGACGCUCUAAGCCAUGCCUUCAAAUUAGCCAAAACUAAUUACGAAAUCGAAUCAAUUCUGGAACCUUCAGACGUCGAUCAAAAAAUGCCCGAUUCGAAAUGCAUCUUCCUUUACGUCGUCAUGAUUUAUGAAAAAUUGAACAAGAAAAUCCCUCCAUUACUUACAUCCACACCGAAAGCGAUAGUUAAAAAUGGAGAUAUCGCCGAAUAUUGGGAAAAAUUAGAUGAAGUUACUGCCUGGCUCGAGGGAGCCGAAAAAGAACUCGGCAAAAAUACUACCAUAUCAGAUAAUAUAGAUGGUGUCAAGGAACAAUUUAACACCCAUGAGAGUUUCAUAACUAGACUGAUGAGCCAACAGGCUGACGUGUUCAAUUUACUAAAAAAGGGCAAAUCUAUGCUGGAAGAUAGAUCUAUAAACAUGGAUAAAGAGACACAGAGGAACAUGAUAGAUAAAAUGAAAAGACUUAAUAACAUGUGGGAAACCAUCAGAGUUAACACUCUCAAUUUCCAGUCCGAGCUGCAAAAUUCUCUCAACACCCUUCAAAAGCAACAAAUAGAGGUUUUUGAAAAAUGGCUCGAAGACAUGGAAGGCUUGCGUAUAAAGGACGAAGCUUCCUCAUCCAGUUCUAGACUAGAAGAUCAAAUGGAUCCAGAAGAAAAAAAAAUUAUAAAAGAAAGAUUUGAGACUGGAACAAACCUCAUAAAGCCUUUGUCUAAUAUGCUUGUGGUUGUUGAUAGUGAGGACGAUCAAGAAUAUAAAAAUCUGGAAGAAAAGCUAUCCAGCCUUCAAAACAGAUAUCUAACUCUGUGCCAAUGGCUUGAAAAGCGUUACCAACACACCCUAGGCCCUCAACUCCAAGCCAUCUCCCAACUCAUGAUGACGAAUACCACCCUUAACCAAACACCCACUGGCCAAUUGGAACUGGACACGACUAAUCAAUUAGAGAUGCGCGAAAUUGGCUUAAAAGUCGAUGGACUUAGGGAUUGGAAUAGCGGCGCCAUAUCUAAACUCGAAAAGUUAUUGGAUUAUUGUCUCAAUCCUAACGACUGGUCCAUCUCAGAUCUUCCAAAUUUCGAAGAAAUAAAAAACGAAUACGAAAAUAAAGUAAUAGAGUUCGGAGAUCUGCAAAACGCAUACUACGAAUUUUCUAAAACCCAUAAACAUGACCAUGAUGUUGGGAAAAACAUCGAAAAUAUCGAACGAAAUUUGAAUUACAUUAAAUUUAAAAUCAACAAGAUUGACAGUUUACAAACCCAAAAAUACAACCACCCUGGGCCCAGUCCUAUAUUUAAAAAGCUUAAACUGGACCAAAUAGCUGAUUACACAGGGGCCCCAAGACCCCUAUCAACUAUGCCACCUUUACCCUCUACCUCCAAAUCUCCAUUAUCUAAUGAAAAUAUUAUUAAACCAAGCAAGUCUUUUGAAAUCGAGGAAAAGAUUCUCACUCCAAGAAUUCCAACGGAAAAAAUGCCUUUAGAUAAAUCUGACCGUCAAAAUCUUUCUAUAACCGAUAAAAGGGCUCAGUUUAUGAAUAAAAUUCCUUCUAUAGAGAUAAGCAAGGCACCAGACGUUGAUCAAAAUCUCACCGCAGAUGAUGAUUUAAUUGCAAAAAAGGACAAAGCAACUGAAGAUGAAAUCCUCUCGGAAAUACCCGAAUAUUUGGCCAAGAAGAGGGAAAGCCUAUCUGUUCCUACCGAAUUCCCUGAACUUGACCUUGCGGCAAACGAAAAACAAUGGGAAGAUCACAUGAAUAAGCCCGAAAAAUCGCCAAUAUCCGCCUUGGAACGCCUCCACAUCAACAUAUAUGAUAUGCACGAGGCCCUGAAAGAGUUGGAAACGUGGUUCAGAAAUGCCAGAGAACACCCUAAAUUCACUUCCGUCAGUCAAACCAAGGAAUUUUCGGAAGCUAUCGAGAAUUGUUCGGCUAAGCUAGAUCAAAUUAAGGCUUUAUGGCCUAAGAUAGAAGAGAACCGUAAUACUGCUCGCUCCAUAUCUAAUAGUUUAGAUAACAAAGACGAAACUGCAGUUCAAAUAUCGAAGGAUUCGGGAAACUUGAUCCAUCGAUGGGAGGGCUUGUUCGAACAAACUAAUCAUUACUUCGAAACGUUGGUCAACAUGCUGGAAGCUCAUCAUUACCAAAGUUUUCAAGAGCCUCUCGCUUCUCUAAAUGAAUGGCUGGAGGAUGUUAAAACUUCCCUCAUCUCGGAUCCCAACAAAUAUGACGAACCCGAAAUUUUAAAGGAGAAGCUAAAAAAGACCCAGGAGAUCCAAGCUACGAUCGAGGCUCAGAGCCCUAACUUAACUAGCAUUCGUUCCAUAUGGGAAGAUAAAUCAACCGCCGACGACGCCAGUUUUCGUUUCAGCAUGAGGGACAAAUUUCAAACCGAUAUUGAUCGCGUAGUGGCUAAAUACGAAGGGGUUAAGGAAUUGGCUCAGGAGGCCUCUAAAGAACUGGAUUCUAGACUCGCCCUAAUCAAAAACUAUUUGGAAGAAGUUAAUGUUUUAAAAUCUUGGAUGAUGGAUUUGAAAAGAAUUAUGGAUACCAAUGACAAAUUUGAUACAGAACCCAGCAGCAACAAAAUCAAAGAGGAAGAAUUAAAAGGGUUACAAGAAAAUGUAGACUUGCUUAAACCGUCUCUCGAUAACAUCAAUCUAGUUACUCCUAAAAUACUGGAAAAUUCCGACAUUAAAUUCGCCAAAAGGCUUCGAGACGAGAUUCAAAACCUGAACGUAACGUGGAAACACAUAACGACUCAAGCGGAUAAAGAUAAGUCGAUAUUCAGCUACGAUGAAUAUAAUAGAUAUUUGGAUAAAAUAGCUAAAGAUCUUGAUUCACCUAGAAACGUUGCCAGCGAGGAAGAUUUAAAAUGCCAAAUACAACGUUUGAAAAACCUGAAGGACGAUCUAUCCAACAAGAAGACACAAUUUUACGCUUCCCUACCUUCGGGUCUUUAUCCGCAGGGUGCCAUACCGCAAGAACAAGAAAAGGAAUUAAAUGGAAGAUUUAACAGUCUGAUGGAAAAAAUUAUCGGGCUCACCGAUUUUUACCAAACAUCUCAGCAAGAUUAUAACGACUUUCAGGAUGAAAUAACCAGAGAAAUAGAAAAGGUACAAACUUUGAAAAUGGAAUUGGAGUAUUUUCCUUUUGAAGGUCACAAGGGCGAAAAAAGAAAAUCUAUCAUUUCACAACUCAAUGAACCUUCUAUAAAAUCUUUGGACGAAAUUCCUAAUAUGCUUAAAAGGCGUAUGUCAUCGCUUAAAGAAAAAGCUCGUUUAUUAUCAAAAAACAAAAUUAUCCCGGCCAACGUUGAAGGCAGGAUGGCAGACUAUUCAGAUUUAAUGAAAUUGGUGACUCCUCAGAUCGAAGAGCGAGUCAAAGAAUCCAGAAUUUCUCCCACCAAUAUCAAACCUCACCGUAAAUCCCCGAAAGGGAAAUCCUCCAAAUCCCAAGUUGAAACCGAAGGUAUCGUUAUUGACAAUCAAGAUGCUAACUCCAGGCUUGACGACGACUUAUUGAAACUUCAGGAAUGGAUCGUGCACGAGGAUGCCAUGAUAAUGACUCAUGUGGAUGAUGAAUACAAAGCACGUGACCUAUCAGAACCAGAGUAUGCUGGAAUGAUUCGAGAUUUUGUGGCGAAAGAUGAGUUACUCGAAAGAUUAGAGAAGGAUGUAAGGGAUAUGAAGGACAGGGAAAAGGCGGGCAUGCUGGCUAGACAGCUUCAAGUCGUUAAGAACCGUUUUAACGAUCUGAAAGCUAAUUUCGAAAACUUUGAAUUUCCACCCGAACUAGCCCCCAAACUUAAAAGAACGCGAAUAACUUUGGCCGAUUUGAAAGGCGACAUCGAUGAGAUAAAAACGGAUCAUACGAAGCCCACGGAUAUCAAAGAACAAUUGGACAUAUGUUUGAGAGAUUGUUACAGACUAGGGGAGCUAAAAAAUAAUACGGAGGAAUUACGAAAGAAUAUUCCCGAGAUGGUGAAGGAGGAGAAGGAGGAUAUCAAGAAGCAACUCGAUAACAAGAUGGAAGGCUUUAGGAAUAUUUUUAACGAAAUUGCCGAUAAGGCCAACUACAAGAAAACCUUAUUAGAAAACAGUUUGAAAUUAGCCGAAGAUUUUCAAACCCAUGCUGACCCACUUACUCAAUGGAUCGACACUACUACUAAUCAAGUAGAAGAAAGAAAGUCCAAAUUCAACGUUAAUCAAAUGGGCAAAGAGAUUAAUUGGAUUGAACAAAUCGAACGUGAAUGUUCCGAGAAAGAAGGCUCCAUAAGUAGCGCCUCAACUUUGCUGAAUAGUGAUAAAUACAGGGAUUUGCCAUCGAAUGUCAAUAUAUACCAAGCUGAAUUAGCAACUAUUAUUCAUAGGCUUACGGAAUUAAAGCAUGAAUUAGCUGAUCAAAAAUCCUAUUACAAGGAUAUGGAGAUAGAUUACAAGAAUUUCAAAGAUGGUAUCAACAAAUUAAAAGAUUGGAUUGAUAAAGCUCAGCCCGUAAUUCAGGAUAACAUUGAGGAUCCUGCCAAAUCCCUUGAGGAUAAACAAAAAUUGGCGAAAACUUUAAGCGAUCUUAAGAACGAGGCUCCGGGCAUACGGUCUACUCUAUCGAAUGCACAGGUUCUGGGCUCAAGCUUAGUCGACAAAAGCGACAACUUUAGAAUGAUAACCCUUAGCGAAUUAGCUAGCUGCAAAAAACAAUUGGACGAAUUGUUGCCCAAAUUGGAGCAAAAACUCGAAUCCUUAGUAAAUUACAGUCCGAUGAUUCUCGUACCUCAACCAUCACUUCACGACAAAAGGGAUAAAAUUGAGACUCUGCCACAAACUGCGCAUUUACGCGAGACAAAAACUGAGACACCGGAUAUAUCUUUCGUCAUAGCUAAGGUGAACGAUCUUAAUCAAUUGCUGGAACCUUCUCAUCAUCAAACGCAAUUACCUUUGACUACGCCAGCAUCUGACAAGGAAUUGAAAAAUGUUUUGGACAAGAGAAUACAUGCUUUGAACAAAGAGUAUCAAGAUACGGAAACUUACAUUGACAAACUGAAGGAUAAAUUAAAAUUCGGGUCAAAAGUCGAAGAAAAAAAGGACGAUGUUUUAUCGCGAGAAUACGAUCAGCUAAAACACAAGUGGGAUAACGAGAUUCAAUCAAAAGCGAUUAACAAGAUACAAGAAUACCAAGGGCUCAACGAUAAAUGGAAAUCUUUUGUUCAAGAUGCUCAAAACACUAGAAAACAUUUGGAAGAGAGCAAGGAUUCUGUAAUCGAACAUGAGCAGGGGACGAUGCAAGACUUAAAACAUUUAGACGAUUUGAAACAAGACAGCAAAGUAUUUACGAAAACAGAGCUCAAUCCGUUAGCCAAGGAAUUAUUGGAUAAAAUCGAAAAAUUGAAUCACCGAAAUAAAAAGACCAGAAAAGUCCCUCAAGUUCGCGUAGAUUCGCGCCAUUACCCUAAAACGCCUCCAUCUUCUCCUACCUCACUUCAAAAAACUGUUGAUUCACCGUUUCCCUCGCAAUCAGCUCCUAAACUUCAACAAGGAUUAUUGACUCAAGCAUCUCAAAAGCUUCCUCAUCCUUCUGCUAGUAGUGGCACAGAGAAAAGUAAAUUAGAUCGACUUGAAUACAGUGACGAGCCUUACGAAUUUUUAUGGGAAAUCGGGAACAUUCAGGAUAUGUUGGCCAAAAUGAUCGCCAAGCUGAAAGAUCCGGUUUUGUUUGACGAUGAUCUUGACCAAAAUGGGAAAAAUAUAGAACAGAAGGAUAUGACUGAGGUGGAACCAAAGAGGCGAGAAAGACUUAUGAGCAUCAAAGAAACGAUCGAUGCCAUAUCCCCUGGUAUAGAAGGAUCCGAAAAUCACAAGAACGAAAUUUUAUACAAACUUGAUGACCCCAGCAUAACCCAUCAAAUUGAGGAUUCAAUGAGUAAGCUUAAAACCGACUGGAAAAUUUUGAACGAUACUUACAAAAACAGAAUUGACCAAAUGACACCUGUAUACAAGUCUGUGCUCCAAACAACUCCCACUUCAAAAUCCGAUUCCGAGCCAGCUGAAGCCAUUGAUUUGGUCAAUAAACUUCAAUCCCUAGCGAUAUGGUUGAGAAAAUGUGAGAAUUUAACUGAAGAAAGGGUACCCUUUCUAAACGAGUCGGCUUUGAGGAUUUCCAUUACUACCUUUAAGAAAGAAGGGGCUCAAUUCCCGGCAAAGUUAAAUGUUUUAAAAGAAGCGGAAAAAUCUUUGAACGAACUUAAAUCGACGGCCGAUCUAUCUCCCGAAAAGGCUGAUCGCAUAGGUCAAUUGAUAUCCCAAGCCAAAGAAAAAUAUUAUGCUAUUUCUUCUGAGUUCGAUAACAAACGCAAAGAAACUGAAGACAGUUAUCACAGGUUGUUCCAUUUCAACCAACAAAUAGAUGAUCUAGGUUCGUGGCUUAGCUCAACCAGGAAAAAUACGGAAAAAAAUCUACCCCGUUUGAAAGAAGAUGAUAUAAACAAUCUCCAUGCUAAGCUCGAGGAGCAUACCCAAGAUUAUGAUCAACUUAACUACACGUUCAUUCAACUUUUAAAUGAAGGUUCACGUUAUAAUUCCCUCUACGAUUCUGAUGAAUUUUCAGUUCCGAAAGGUAUCAUAGACAACGUCAAGGCCAUUAACAACGAUUGGGACUUUUUGAAAGGGAUAGAACCCCUAAACAUUAGGAAAACGGUUACGGGCCAACUUAUUUUAGACUCUGAACCGAAUGUCCAAGCUAAAUGGCCCAAAGUUCAACAGGACCUUUACGAGAUAACAGAUAAAUUGAACACCAUCGAAAAUUUCUUAUCUUCGAGAAUCGUGGACGUUAUAAAUCCAUAUGAAAUCAAUAAAGAAAUAUCGGAUUUAACGAAAUUUAGCAACGAAGUUAACAAUUUGAAAAAUCACAUUGAUCACAUUACUAAAUUAGAAAAUAAUAAAAUGCUUAAUCAAGCUGGCUAUGACAAUAUGCAAGCCAAAGAAGCAGAUGAUAAAUGCCAAGAGUUGUUAAAUGGUAUAAAGAGAAAAAUUCGAAGCCUAAAUCAAAUGUCGACUGAUUGUGAUCAAUAUCUCAAGGAUUACGCUGAAUUGAACCAAUGGAUAGAUAUUAAUGGGACGGUGUUGAGAGAACUUAUAGAUGUUAAGGACAAAAAUCAUAUAACCGAACAGGAAUUUAUUAGAAAUCAUGAAUACCUCAUGAAAAAGGUGCCCACAUAUGGAAAACUAAACAAGGAUCUAGACACGCUAGCUAAAAAAAUGAUAACUGAUUACACUGAUGAUGACACUUCUAACCUGAAAGCCAAGCACAACGAAAUUCAUAAACUUUGGUACCUGGUUCCUCUUCAUCCCUCUCCGAAAGGUCUCCUCAGCUCUGAACCUUUUACUCCUACAGAUAUUAGGCAGUUUAGUAAACAGCUUUCUGAUUUCGAUGUAUCUCUCCUGACCGAAACAUCGGCUUUAGAUGUCAUGAGUACGGAAAUAGACAACGUUUUAAAGGAUCGAGACGAAGAGCACUUAAACGUGUGGCUUGAUCAGAUUAAGGAAUUUCAAAGAGAUCUCGAAAGUCACAGAGUUGGUUACAACAUUCUCAACGAAAAUGGAAAGAAAAUUUUGGGAGACCCCACCCUUUUUAAAAAUCAUGAGGAAUCCAUGCAACUUAAGAGCAAGCUAGACGAUGUCAACGGGAAAUGGGAAAACUUGAAGGCCAAAUCUAACACAUUGAGAAAUACUCUAGAAGAACACUACGACCCUCGUAACGCUAUUUCUCAAUCGAUAGAUGACGCAUCUGCAUGGGUUCAGGAUAGGAGCAAUCAUUUAGAGUGCAUGAAGCCCCUAGGGGGAGAUUUAACCACCUUAAAACAUCAAUUAGACCAAGUUCAACAUUUUGCCCUUAAAUUGGAUGCCAAAAGGAAUCCUUCCAUUCAAGAUGUGCUCAAGAAUAGCGAGGCUUAUCUCAAAAAUAUAGGAUAUUACAAGGCGUUGGAUAUGAAAGAUCAAUCGCCGCCACACAUAGCACUCAGGAUCAAAGAAGGAAAAGAACUAGAAAACAAAAUCGUAGUGUUGGAUCAAAAAUGGUGUGAUGUCAUUGACAAUACCAAUUUAUGGGAAUCCACUUUAGCUCAAAUGUUGGGGAGAAUGGACCAUUUUAAUAAUGCUAUGAUAGAUCUGGAUAUAAGCUUGAAUGAAAAUAGAAAAGAUUUAGAAAAUAUCGACAUCAAAGCGGAUAUUAAAGAUAUAGAUAAAAGCAUCACCAAAUACAAUAAUCUUUCAAAGGAAAUCAACGAGAAGCAAGCUCCUCUGAUUGCUAUAAACGCCAAAGCCUCCGAAUUUUCUGCUCAGGGUCUACAACUUUCCAAAGACUACCAGCAAAGAUUAGAGCAAUUAAAUGAUAAAUUUCAUAUUCUUAAAAGGGAUUUGGAGAAUAGGACUCAAGGAAGGGUUAUUGAUGAAUCUCCCAACCUUCCAUUUGAUAAAGCCAAACAAAUAUCCAUACCCGUAAAGGCCGGCACUCCCCUUCAACCAUAUAUUUCGCCCCCGACGAGUGGUCCUUCUAAGCCCGAUUUAGAAUCUCAAGCUACCAAGUAUUCUCAACCGAAAUUUACCAAAGAACAUGAAGAUACCCUGCCAGAAACGUCGCUCACUCCUAGAUGGGCCAAAGCAAUGACUGAAACGGGCGUUCCUUAUUACAUCGACACAAAAACUGAAUCGACUUAUUGGGCUCACCCCAUGAUGAUGGAAAUAAUGAAAAACCUAACGGAAGUUAAUUACAUCAAAUACUCGGCUUACCGAACAGCUAUGAAACUCAGGAUUAUUCAAAAGAGGCUUUUUUUGUAUCUUCUCAACUUGGGAACAGCCAUCGACAUAUUCGAUGCCCAUGGGUUGAGAGGUAAAAAUGAGGAUUACAUAAGGAUGCCAGAAAUCACCCAAAUCAGCAAAGAUAUUUACAAGACCCUAUCUUCAGAACAUCCGCAUAGUGUUACUAAUGUUCCUUUAUCUACUGAUUUAUACGUUGAUUGGCUUUUGGACGUUUAUGAUCCAUUAAGAACCGGUAAAAUAAAAAUCCUCUCGUUAAAAGUUGCCACAGUACUAUUGUGCCGAGCUCAUUUGAGCGAUAAAUAUAGAUAUUUAUUCCAAUUGAUAGCCGAUCAAUCUGGAAAUGCUUCUAAAGAAAAAGUGGCCAUAUUACUAAAGGACAUGCUGUUGAUUCCUAGAUAUUUUGGGGAAUCAUCUGCUUUCGGAGGUACCGACCCUAUCCCUAGCACCGAUAAUUGCUUUCAAUUUUCCCAAUCUUUCCGACAUCAAAAUUCCCUACCCCAACAUAAUUCAUCUGAUAUACGCGCUUCGGAGUUUAUAAGAUGGGCCCAAACGGAUCCUCAAUCUAUUGUGUGGUUACCAGUUCUUUAUAGAUUGGCUGCGGCCGAGACCGCUAGGCACCAAAGCAAAUGCAACAUUUGUAAGGCUUACCCCAUAGUGGGAUUCAGGUAUCGUUGUUUGAAAUGCUUGAACUUUGAUAUAUGUCAAAAUUGUUUUUUCGCCAGUAAGAAAUACAAGACUCAUAAACCAACUCACCCAUUGCACGAAUACUCUACACCAACUACGACAGGAGAAGAUGUUUUAGAUCUAACUAGGGCUUUGCGGAAUAAAUUGUUUCGCUCUAGACGCUAUUUCGUUACGCAUCCUCGCUUGGGCUAUACUCCCAUAGACUCUUUACAACCUAUUCAUACGACCAGUACAGGGGCACACGGUAAAGGUGUAAAACGAUACCCUCCCGAUCAACCUGGAGGCGAGGAAAGCCUGCCUCUCAUGAGCUCUCCCCAUUCACAUAGUGGAAUGGAUGCCUCAUAUACCAGCUCGGACCAGGGUGGUCGAACCAAAAAUAUGAUACAGGAAAGUUCGUUUGGGGGAGAAAAUGAGGAAUAUCGAAAAGUGGCCAAGAGGGGUUUUACGAGCAAAAUGAAUGAGAUGGAUAUCUGCAACUUGAAUGACAAGGUCGAUGAACAUGAGCUAAUAGGAAGUAUGUGUAAAAGUUUAUCGGCUCAGCCUUCCCCUUGUGUUUCGACGCGUUCCAUCAAUGGUUAUGAAGAAGCCCCUGAAAAUGUGGCUAAUAGAACACAUGAUUUGCAUAAGGAACACAACGAUUUAAGAAGAGAGUACGAAAGAUUAAGACAUAGGCAUUACGAUCAAUAUUCUUUGAACGAAGAGGCCAGUGAAUCCAUAUUGCUUAACCAUCAAUUCGAUGAUAAUAUAUUGAGCGAGGAUAGUUUUGCUGCACCGGCUUUUUUGGGAAAUGGUAGCCAUUUAAACAAUCAUGAACACUUACUUGGGAAAAAUUGCCAAAACAUGAAUGGAAACGAUACCAAUCAGGAGUUUCCCAUGAUGGAUUCAUCUUUUAAUAACAAGCAUCAAUCAUCUUUUCCCACUCAGAUUGGUUAUCUCGACAAAAGGGAAGUAAACCCAAUAUUUUCAGUGGCCGAUAAUCUUAAUAAAGCUCUCGGAGAUUUGGUAUCAGUCAUUACAUCCUCUCAUUCCCACCUCAAAUCCCCCGUUAAAACACCUCCAGCUAUCUCACCUUGUCGCUAAAAUAAACCUUUAAAAUGAUUUAUAUAUUAAGCUUAUUUAUUAAUUAAAUAAUUAUAUAUUUUUUUAAUGUUAUUUAAAUUUUAAAAUAUUUUAAAACUAUGUUUAUCUAAAAAAGACUUGUAUUUGAUUAAAUUGUGCCAUCGCCCUUAAUAUUGAGAGAUUUUAUCUUAAUGACUUUUAUAUUUUGCCUAGGAUAC